UAGCAAAAUAGCAUGUGGAUGUUUUUAGCUGGUCACACGUGUUACCAGCCGUAGCUAGACACCAAGCCUGUGGUUCUGUGCUGCUGUAAUAGUAAAUAUGUCAAAGACAGACGCUACAAAGCGUAGAAAAAGACAAAGCAAAGUUGUCAUCAGUGAGGUUGGAGAAGAAGAGGACAACACCAGCACUACCAAAGAAAUAGUUGGGACAGAGAGCAAAGAUGUGGAGAUGGAGGAAGCAGGAGAAGAUUCCAAGAUGGACACGGUCAUUGAGGUAAAAGGAAGCACAACUACAGUAACUGUGUCAUGGGAUGAGAAGAAUGAGGAACAACAGGGUGAUGAUGCUGAAAAGAGAACAAAUACCAGUGAACAGAUGACUGACAAAGAGGUGACUGAUGGAAAAGCGGCUCAGACAGUCCGUGUAAGUGACGAAGUGUGUGCUGAGACAAAGGCAGAGGACGUCCAAGAUAAACUAGAAUCUCAGAUGAACACUGUCACUGAAGAAAGUGAAAGUACGACUACAGUAAACGUAACCUGGGAGAAGAAGAACAAGGAAGGAGUGAGCAGCGAUAUUGAGAAGAAAAAUAAGCAGAUGAAUGACAAAGAGACGGCAGCAGUAAAAGGGAAACGGAAAGCAGAAUCCACGGCACAGACGUCCCCUUCAAAGAAAACUAAACUCAUCAAUGAUGGUUUUUGUCUUUUUGUUGGCAAUCUGAACCACUCCAUAAAGUUUGAAGAAAUCAAAAUUUCAUUAGCAAAUUACUUCAACACACAAAGUCUCCUGUUUCAAGACAUCAGAUUAGACCGUUCCAAAAAACAUGCCUUUGUGGAUUUGGCCUCAGAGAUGGACUUGACUAAAGCCUUGACAUUGGAUGGACAGAUGAUUCUUGAUAAGCCGCUGAAGAUCGCCAAAGCAAAGGUUAAAAGCGAGGACCAGGUGAAGGUGAAAGCUUCACCAGAGGAGAAAAAAACGACCCACGAUGCUAAAUGUGUGUUUCUGAAGAACGUCCCGUACAGUGCAACAGAGAAAGACAUCCUUAAAAUUUUCCCAAAAGCGAUCGCUGUCAGGUUUCCUGGUGGAACUGAGGGACCAACCAAAGGUAUUGCCUUUUUGGAGUUUCAAAAUGAAGCCAUUGCUAAUAGAGUGAGACAGCGCAAACAAGGGGCCAAGAUCCAAGGCCGGGUUUUGAUUGUGGACCAUGUAGGAAAAGCAAAUACGUCUAAAGUCGGCAAAGCUGCUAAAGAAGACAACAACACAAAAGCUGCAGCUCCUCCAAACAACACACUAUUUGUGAGCAACCUGUCCCCUACCGUGAAUGAAAAAAACCUGAGGAAAGUCUUUCAGGCAGCUGUCACUAUCACCAUACCUCAAAGGAAUGGCAAAUCCAGAGGAUUCGCCUUUGUCGAGUUUACAACCGUGGACGACGCUGAAAAAGCCCUGCAGUCAUCCCAAAACAUUCAGAUCAGAAAAAGGGAGGUCAAAAUACAGUUCUGUGAGGUGAAAGAAAAGCUGCAGGCAGCAAAAGUCCUGUUAAAAACACUGAUUGUGAUGGGCCUUGCUAAGGAGACGACGGCAGAGACUCUUAAAAGUGCCUUUGAUGGAGCUCUCAGUGCAAGAGUCGCUGUAGACAAAGAGACAGGAGUUUCAAAAGGGUUUGGUUUUGUGGACUUUGAAAGUGAAGAAAACUGUAAAGCCACCAAAGAAGCCAUGGAGGACUGUGAGAUAGACGGAAGCAAAGUAAAGGUGGCUUACGCCAAACAAAAGGGUGGACCAGCCCACCCAGUUGCCAGCGGAGGCUCAGCAGGGCGUCCUGGUGGACAGCCUGCAGGUGGACAGCCUGCAGGGCAGCGUGCAGGUGGAGGCAAAGGUGGAAAAGGCAAAAAAGGAGGAAAAGGACGUGGAGCUGGCAAGUCUAAGGAUGGUGUUAAAGAAGUGAAAAAUAAAGGCUAACUUGAAAAGCUGUCAUAUAUGGAGUUUUUUUUUUUUUAAACCUGAAAACAUCUAGAACUCUUCAGUUUUUACAGUUUGAGUGUACAGGUUGUGAAAAUGUAUUGAUUAUUUCUAUGGAUUGUUCCAUCUUGUAAUUCUAGCUUGUAUUUUUUUUGUACUUUAACCCAUUCAUUUCACAAGUGUAUGAAAAUAAUCCUUGGCUUGUAUUCACAUCAUGAAUUUUUGUAAUGUGAAAGGUUGGAUGAGAUUGAAUCAGACAAUAUAUCUUUAAUGUGAAGAUAAAUUUGUU